GUGAAUGAGUGUCAACCCUGCUAUUGUCCCAGGUGCUGCUGUGGUCAGCUGGUCAGUCAACAUGUCACCAGGCCCCAACAGAUUCCAUCCAGCACUACCACCGAGGAUGAGAAACCACCGGUUCAGGCUGAGAAAUGGUCGCCCAGCAAACACACGGAGGCCGCGCCCACCGAUGCCUUUGGGGUGAUGGAGUUGCAGGGUGGUGGUCACACCAGCAGAGCCAUGGUGAGCAACGCCGGGAGUCAGAGGGCCUACUACAAAUGACACAGAGUUGAGGGUGUGGGGUCAGAGGGAGAAGCGACUGAGUCCUGGACGUGCUAGUGCAUUGUCCAGCACAGAACAGCUAUCCCCCACCAGGGUCUGGUGGGUUGGGAAGUGGCUAGUUAUGAUACAUGAGGUUGUGAAGUUGGUGGAGAAUUAGGUUAUGCUGAUGGUGCUGGUUAUGGACGUGGGGAUGUGGGAUGGGUAAGGAGUGUGGAUUAGCGAGAGUGGGAAAGAGCUGGUGAUGGGUAAAAGUGUUGCUCUGGGUGGGGCUUGGGUGACUGGGUUGACUGUAGGCCAUUCCACCCCUCGUGUUAUGCAGCCCAAUCUUGGAUGAGGUUUUGCCUCAGUUCUAUUUUCCUGCGUGAAUUCUCCAUCCGAUUUGAUCAAAACAAAACUAUCUUUUAAUUUCUGCCCUGAACACUCAAGGACUUGCCUCUGCUGCCUUUUGGAGAGAAAAUUCAAAAGAGUUCAUUCAUUGGCAGCAUGAGGCAACAUCUAAUUGCUCUUGAGGGGAUGGUGGUGAUGCUGCCUCCCUGAGGUGUGGGGAUGCCCUUUGCAUCUGUUUUCACCAAGGAGAAGAACAUGGAGGACAGUGAGAUUGGUGUGGGGAAUGCUAAUGUGCAGGGACAAUUUGAGAUGAAGAAUGAGGUGUUGGAGCUCUACCAGAGCAUUAUGUUGGAUUAAUCUCCAGAACCUAAUGAAAUCUAUCCCAGGUUAUUGAGAUAGUCAAGAGAAGAUUUUGCAGGAAUCUACAGAUGGAGUUUAAUUCGAGCAAGUGAGAGGUGUUGCACUUUGGGAGGUGAAAUGUAAGGAGAAAAUAUACACAGCAUGAGCUGCACUACUUCCUUUGUUUUUUUUGCCUGAAAGCUGCAAUGUUUCUUGAAAGCUAUGUAUUAAUUCUUGAAAUAUUAGCCAUUGAUUGUUUACAGUGUACCUAUCAGGGUAUUUCCCCUUUUGUUCCCGCGUAUCAUAAUUUGCUUUAUUAAGAAUCGAAAGCCCUAGUUUCAAAUUAAACUAAAUUACAUUCCAUUUCUUUCUAAAACUCAACAAAAUUCUGAUUACUUUAACUUCCAGCUAAACAAUUAACCCAUUCUUGAUACAGUUUAAAAUUAUCGUUCCCUUGUUGGUACCGCAACAAAUUCAUUUAAUAAAUCAUCUCUGUCUAGAAUAUGUUCAUGCUCCAUGAAUUGGUGCUCAAUUGGGUAAGAGAUCUAUCUGCAGAGAUCGAGAGGUUAAACAUCAUAAAUGUGGACUGAAGUCCCGGUGAUUCUAUUACCCUUGUAACAUGCUCCUCUACUUUCCUGAUGUGUUGUAUGCUUUGCAUAAGCAUUAUGUUUACAUUGCAGUAUAUCCGUGUAUCAUACGACACAAGGCCCGAUCUCCUGCUCCACCUCAUGACCACAGAGUGGGAGCUGGAGCUGCCCAAGCUGCUCAUCUCCAUCCACGGUGGCCUUCAGAAUUUUGAGCUGCAGCCCAAGCUGAAACAGGUGUUUGGAAAGGGCCUGAUCAAAGCCGCAAUGACCACGAGUGCCUGGAUAUUCACUGCAGGAGUCAGCACAGGUGUCAUCCGUCACGUGGGAGAUGCCUUGAAAGACCAUUCAUCCAAAUCUCGGGGAAGGAUCUGUGUGAUUGGAUUUGCUCCUUGGGGAAUCAUCGAAAACAGGAUGGAUUUAAUUGGGAAAGACGUCACCAGACCUUACCAAACGAUGUCGAGCCCCCUGAGCAAGCUGACGGUGUUGAGCAGCACGCACUCGCACUUCAUCCUCGCUGACAACGGCACGCUGGGCAAGUACGGCGCCGAGAUCCGGCUUCGCCGCCAGCUGGAGAAACACGUCUCCCUGCAGAAGAUCAACGCAUGUCUGGGUCAAAGAGUGCCGGUGGUUUGCUUGGUGGUGGAAGGUGGUCCCAAUGUGAUCUCAAUGGUGCUGGAGAGCCUGCGUGCAGAGCCGCCCGUCCCCGUGGUGGUCUGUGAUGGCAGUGGCCGAGCCUCCGACAUCCUGGCAUUUGCACACAAGUACUCAGCAGAUGGAGGGAUAAUCAGCGAGUCUGUGCGGGAUCAACUUAUGGUGACGGUGCAGAAAACCUUCAACUACAGCCGGCAGCAGGCUCAGCAGCUCUUCCUCGUUGUCAUGGAGUGCAUGAAGAAGAAAGAGUUGAUAACCGUGUUCCGAAUGGGCUCGGAGGGGCAGCAGGAUAUCGAUCUUGCAAUCCUGACGGCGUUGCUGAAAGGUACAAAUGCAUCGGCUCCUGACCAGCUCAGUCUGGCCAUGGCGUGGAACAGGGUGGACAUUGCCCGCAAUCACAUCUUUGUCUUUGGCAACUACGGGCCGCCGGGGACCAGCACUUCCGAACCCAUCACUCGACAAUCAACAAAGUUGGUGAGACAGCGGGUGAACAAAGGCAAAGGGAAAAAGAAAAGUAAAGAGGAGGUGAAGGUGGAGACUGAUCCACGCAAACUGGAGCUGCUGAACUGGGUACACUCACUGGAACAAGCCAUGAUAGACGCGCUGGUGUUAGACCGUGUUGACUUUGUGAAGCUGCUGAUCGAAAAUGGAGUAAAUAUCCACAACUUCCUGACCAUCCCACGGCUGGAAGAGUUGUACAACACUAGACUCGGACCCCCGAACACUCUGCACUACCUGGUGAGGGACGUGAAGAAGGGGAACCUGCCCCCUGAUUACCACAUCAGUUUGAUUGACAUCGGCUUGGUCAUUGAGUACCUGAUGGGAGGAGCCUAUCGCUGUGCUUACACUCGCAAAUCCUUCCGAACUCUCUACAAUAAUUUAUUCGGACCAAAGCGGCCAAAAGCUCUGAAACUUCUGGGAAUGGAGGAUGAUGACCUGCCCUCCAAAUCCAAGUGGAAGAAGAAGAAGAAGAAGAAGAAGGAGGAGGAGGUAGACAUUGAUGAGGACAACCCUGCCCUUGGCCGCUUCGCCUUCCCCUACCACGAGCUGCUGGUGUGGGCGGUGCUGAUGAAACGCCAGCGUCUGGCCCUCUUCUUCUGGCAGCAGGGAGAGGAGGCCCUGGCCAAAGCCCUGGUGGCCUGCAAACUCUACAAGGCCAUGUCCAACGAGUGUUCUGCCAGCGAGCUCGUGGACGACAUCUCUCAGGAUCUCGAAAACAAUUCCAGGGACUUUGGGCAGCUUGCUGUUGAUCUGCUGGAUCAUUCAUACAAGCAUGAUGAGCAGGUGGCCAUGAAACUGCUGACAUAUGAGCUGAAGAACUGGAGCGACUCGACCUGCCUGAAGCUGGCAGUGACAGCCAAGCACCGGGACUUCAUCGCCCACACCUGCAGCCAGAUGUUGUUGACUGACAUGUGGAUGGGACGACUUCAUGUCCGCAAGAACCCGGGCCUCAAGAUUAUGCUAGGAAUAAUAUUCCCACCCACCAUUCUCCUCCUGGAUUUUAAAAGCAGCGACGAGUUGUCGUACGAAGCAACGGGAGACAACGAGCCUGGGAAGGAGAAGGAGGAGGAAAACGAGGCAAACGCGGAAGCGGUUUCCAGAAAAGGGGAUGAAGAAGAUGGAGUGGAAAAUCACCACAGUAUCCCGAUUGGAAGGAAGAUUUACGAGUUUUACAACGCACCCAUUGUUAAAUUCUGGUUCCACACGAUGGCCUACCUCGCCUACCUGUUCCUCUACAACUACGUCAUUCUGGUGAAGAUGGAGAGUUUGCCCUCGAUUUCAGAGUGGAUUCUCAUCUCCUACAUCUUAAUGCUCGCCAUUGAGAAAAUCCGAGAGAUCCUCAUGUCGGAGCCAAGCAAGCUGCGACAGAAGGUGAAGGUGUGGAUGCAGGAGUACUGGAACGUCACUGACAUGGUGGCCAUCAGCAUCUUCAGCUGUGGCCUGUUGCUGCGGCUCCAGCAGGAACCCUACAUGAGCUACGGACGGGUCAUCUACUGCGUGGACAUCAUCAUCUGGUAUAUCCGUGUGCUGGACAUCUUCGGGGUCAACAAGUACCUGGGACCAUACGUGAUGAUGAUCGGCAAGAUGAUGGUGGACAUGCUGUACUUUGUAGUCAUUAUGCUGGUGGUGCUGAUGAGCUUUGGAGUAUCAAGACAGGCCAUUCUGCAUCCCAACGAGGAGCCCUCCUGGAGAUUAGCCCGCAACAUCUUCUACAUGCCCUAUUGGAUGAUCUACGGAGAGGUGUUUGCCGAUCAGAUUGACCUCUAUGCCAUGGAGAUUAACCCUCCGUGCGGGGAGAACCUGUUUGAUGAUGAUGGGAAGAGGCUACCUCCCUGCAUCCCAGGGGCCUGGAUGAUUCCUGCCAUCAUGGCCUGCUACCUCCUUGUCGCCAACAUCCUGCUCGUCAACCUGCUCAUCGCUGUCUUUAACAACACUUUCCUGGAGGUGAUUUCCAUCUCUAACCAGGUGUGGAAGUUCCAGCGUUACCAGCUGAUCCUUACCUUCCAUGAGAGGCCCGUGUUCCCUCCACCGAUCAUUGUCUUCAGUUAUCUGUCCAUGAUUCUCCGCAGCUGCUACCGCAGGAAGACCCAGAAGGUGGAGGAACGAGAUCGCGGGCUAAAACUGAUCCUCAGUGAAGAGGAAUUGAAGAAACUGCAUGAGUUUGAGGAGCAGCGUGUGGAGCAAUACUUCACACAGAAGGAGGGGCAGGAACAGUCAUCAAACCAUGAGCGGAUCCGGAUCACUGCUGAGAGGGUGGAGAACAUGGCGAUGCGUUUAGAGGAGGUGAAUGAGAGGGAACACUUCAUGAAGGCCUCUCUCCAGACGGUGGACCUUCGUCUGGCCCAGUUGGAGGAGUACAGCGGCCGCAUGGUCAAUGCGAUGGAGAAGUUGGCGGGCAUUGACGAAUCGGAUCUGGCCCAAAGCUACUCACGGUGCCCCUCAGAAUGUGAGGCCUCCUACCUCAUCAGGCAGAACAGCACGGAGGCAGCAAGCAUGUAUCGCUUCCACAUGGAUGGGGAUGAGGGCAAUGAGGACAAUGUGGGCCUCAUGUCUCCUUCCAUGGGGUCUCACAGGAAGGCGCUGAGACACGACCCUCAGCUGGUGGACCAGGGGAGGAACGUGACCCCUAGACGCCGGUUUGGUCUUCGCCAAUCGUCCAGCUCCCGCCGGCCGACGGAAGAAUACCGACUGCUGGGGGUCAGCCAGGACCCUCGAUGCUUCAGCUCCUGUGUGGACAUUUUUGUGUCCUCUACCGAGGCUUGGCACACUCCACCGAAAACCCAAGAGGGAGCGGGUUCUCCAAAGUUCCUGCCGUCUCUUCAGGCCGACUUUGGAGGAGCUGUAACUGAGUCUGUGUCGGUAGCACGAGCAAAGCUGGAGACCCGUCUCUCAUUUCCCCUGGAGAGGUCCAGGGCGACUAGCUACUUUCUCCCACUUGUGCCUGGCUCAUCCCAUACACCAAUGGGGAAGGCCAGAAGUGCUGUAUUCGGCCCAGAAGGUCUGGUGACAGGCAAAGAAGAAAGUUCUGACUAUGACUGUAUUGUGGAUUAUGUCCCUUCUGUAAACGACCCUCCAUGGCCUCCGUAUGGCAGCAUGCUUUGUAAGAACAUGCCUGAAGAACUGGUGAUGGUUGAAGCUUCUCGCCAAACGUUGAUGUCGUCUCCAGAGGUGAUGUGUGAACAACAGCAUCAGCUGACAGGGGUUGAGGAUCACGCUGAUGGUGGCACUUCCGAUAUCUCCAACCUCAGAGCACAGGUGCCGAGAACAUUCCAAAAGUCUGAAAACUUUCUAACAGUUGCGCCGGAUAGAUUUACCUCCCCAAGGUCAAAGAGUCUUCACGGACACCACAGGAAAGCCAUGCUGGUGGUGGGAGAAAGCUUUGAUAGACCCAAGCAGGCCUUCAGCACCAAGGAUCUGCGUCAGGGCUGGGAGGAGUCGAGUGGUCAAGCAGCAGAUCUGGAGGAGAACGCCACAGAGACUCCUUGCUAAUCAGACCCCCCAGCCUCAACCCCCCCAGAUCCCAAUUGUAGUUCACCACCCUCGCCAAAGAUUCCUCCUUCACAACCUCACUCCUCUUUCUGCCCCACACCUAGCAAGGACAUGCUAGCAACUUCCUGGGAGUGAUCAUUCAAGAGUGAGCUUGGACAGUGAACAUUCUCCCAUGGGAUGUGCGCUUCUGGAAAGGCAACCUUUGUUGCCCAUCCUGACAGCAUUGAGAAGGUGAUGAUGAGACUCUUCCUGAACCAGCAUAGUCCUACUGGUGUAGAUGUUCCCACAGCUCUGUUGGACUAGGGAUGAUAGAGGAAUGCCAAUGUACUUUUGUUUGGCAGCCUGCAGCUAAGGGGAUUCUCUUGCGGCUGGGUGAUGAAGGUUGAUUGUUGGAAGGUGUUGUCCCUAGCCGACAUGAGGAAUUAUGCAGCACUUUGAAGAUAGUGAGCCCUGCAUCCAUGGUGUUGGGUGGGAUGUACAUCUAUGGAGGUUGUGUCCUGCAUGGAGGAGCUGCAGAACGUUUAUUUUUCUUGCAAGCAAAGGGAAUUAUUCUACCUCGUUUCAUUCCUUCAGGCAGAUAGUCAGCUGACAAUUGCAGUGACACGUUCUCGUAGCUUAUCCACUCAUUCUAUCUCCUGCUGGAAACUGUCAGCCUUGGUUCCAUUCACUGCUUCAGAGGCUGCCCUACAUUCUGAAGCUCUGCACUGUCAAUACAUUGCUGUGUGGGCUUAGAAUGCCCUAGUAAUUUCCCACAAUGUGCUAUAUUGUUUAAAGUUCUUCUUUAUUGUGUUUGUGAAUUAGUCAACACCUAAAAGUCGCUUAUUUUCUUGUUUAGACAGUAUGUGAAAUUUUCAUAGGAAUCAGUAGUAAUAAAAUUGUCUCUCGACUAAA